UUGGCGCCAUUAUAGAACCGGAAAAAACCUCCACGCAAUAAACUUCGAUCUUGAAUUUGAUUGAGAUUUAAGAUACUGUAUGGUUCUUCCUCGACUUUGUUCUCAUUCAUGGUGACUGCGAGGCAACAGAAAAACCCUGAAGAAAAAGAAGAAGAUGAAGAGGAACGGUUGGGAACGGUUGGGAAGUUUAUAGAUGAAAGAUUCGUUAAGAAAUCGCCGGCGAAACCUUAUGAUCGGCCGCCGAAUGGCAUAAGAACGACAGGAAACAAUUCGUGGAUCUUGAAGCUCGUUGAUCCGGCUCAAAGGCUCAUUUCCUCUGGUUCUCGAAUGCUUUUUUCCUCCGUGAUCCGAAAUUUUCCUACCCAUUUAACGUCUCGUGUUUCUUCUCAAGAAUCAAGCCAGUCAAGAAAGGAUGACAAGAAGGCCGAUGUAACAGUCUGAGAUCGAUCAUUUGACAACGCUAUUGCAUUCAAGAAAUGGUGAUUUACCUGGUGUGAAUGAGGAGAAAAGUUUUAAGUUUAUCUCUUCCAUUCCAGAACCUAACAGGAAGGAGUUUGUAAAAAUACCAAAUUCAGAAGUUAGGAUGGGCAGGCCAUCGAUUUCACCCCCCAUUUUGUGUUCAAGUGUACUUGAUGGUGAUAUUUCUUCACCUGCAGAGGUAGCAAGGGCAUACAUGGGCAGUAGAGAGUCAAAAGUUUGCCCUUCAAAGCGAUCUCUGAGAGCUCAAGGACUUGGGGAAAAUUCAACUAGUUUAUCAUUCUAUUCAAAAUCAAACAAUAUGUUGCUUGCACCACCAUCUAUUAGUCGGGGUUCGAAACGUAGGAGCUCAUUUCUUGAUAAUCACAUCAAAUCCAUUGUUUCUCUGCGCAGAAUUCGACAGAAACCUAACAUUCAUCUUUCAAAGGGAUUAAGCUUACCUAUUUCUGUUCCUGUAGUUGGACUUAGUUUUGAUGCUUCCCAGAGCUCCAAAUUUGGGAGAACUCGAAAUUUCCCAUCUUGUAUUUGGAACUCACAACUGUCUCCUAAACCAAAUAAAACUUUUGCAAGAAAGUUUAUUACGAACGUGGGGAGUGAUAACAUUCUUGGUGCAAGUUGUAGCUCUAUUUAUACUCUUACAAGGUCUUCUAAGAUGGCUUCUAAAAUAUUGGAGCAGCUUGAAAAGUUGACCCCUCCAAAGGAGAAAGUGUCUACAUUUAAUCGACUUCCUGUUGGGGAAAAAUAUCACUCUAAGCUGUCACCACCCGAAGUAGUUGGGCAUCUCAAAAGUGUGAAGGAUGUGGACUUGCCCAGAAAUGAAGAAUUUGUUUAUGACGACAAGCAGUCAAAUAGUUUGCUUGGGAUCUCAUAUCAGGGCAACCGAGAAAACAGUUUCCAACAUAAAGAGAGGCUGGAAAAACUGAAAUCAUCGGAUCCUCAUCCUAGUCGUGAUCUACUGAAGGACUCUGGGUCAAUAGGUUCUACUAACGAUUCCAUGAAUGAUCAAGGAAUGCCUGAAUCUGCUGUGGGGAAAUCUACUAUUCAGCCCCCAAAAGACAAACAGGCAUUUCCAAUGUUGCCUGACGAGGAUAGUGUUGACCAAGAUGAGAGUUCUGCCGAUAGAGUUGCACCUGCUACUGCUGAGGUUAGAGAAGGUGAUGUUUCUUUGGCUGUGAGACAAACAACUGCUAAUGAGUCCGUCUCUCCAGCAAGGCUACAAAAAUCAUCUGAAGUAAUAGUGGGUUCUUCUCUCGACGGAAGUUCUGAUUCGGAAACUUUUGGUGACAGCAUUGAUGAUGAUAUCAAUACCAGACUAACUGUUCAAAUUGCAUCUUCACUUCGCACUUCACAGCUAGAAGCUAUUGAUUCUUUUGGAAAUAAGAUUCUUCCUGAAAAUAAGCAAAUUGUUUCUCCAGUCUUUAGCUUUGUAAAUAAUGUAUCUCCACGUAAACAGCUAAUCGCUAGUUCUACUGCAUUGGAUAUUGGUAAUAAGGAUGAUUCUCUUACAGAAUUAUGUGCUGAUUUUGAAAAUGGCAACGAACCGUCAUACCCAUACACGCAGUGCAAUCCAGCUUCUUCAAACGAUAAGCUAGAUUUCUCUUGGAGGACCUGCAAUGAUGCAUUCUCAUCCUCUGUUUCCGUAUCAGCUGGACUUGCAUUCUCAUUUAGCUCGACUCCUGGCCAUCAAAGUCUAAAUAAUGGCCUUUCUAUUUCAUGUCCAUCUCUAUACUCUUCCUACAGUCCAUCAACUGGGUUUAUGAAUCAAAGUUCAUCCAGAAAUAUCUUCCUCUCUGCCCCGUGUGCUAUCAACAACACUAAUAUAAUCACAACUCUGGCAUCUUCAUUUGCUUCAACGACUUCAGGCACAGGAAGUUAUGACAAGAUCAAGCGGGAUGAAAGCCUACGCCAUGUAAAUGACACUUAUUUCAGCAGCAUAACUACACCUGCAAAUUCUCACUACAGUAUGUUCAGCUUCGGUUCUGCAGCAACACCUUCGUUUGUGACUAAUCUGUUGAGUAAACCUACUGUUAGCAGUGCAACUGGGCUCAGUGCUCAGGAAGUUUCUGUUGGAAAGAAAUUUAUAGCUAAUGCGGAAAGAACAUCCAUGAUUUUAGGAUCAUCCAUGUCUCAUGUAUCAUCAGGGAUGGCUGGAAAAGCAUCCCUCUGCUGUGGCCUUUCUUUUGAGUGCUCAUCUCCUGCUUCUGAACGGUUUAAUUCAGGAAGUAGGCCAUCAGAAUUUCCCAUCACUGCGUUCACUAGUGCCCCCGCAACUUCAACCAUCAGUACCUCCAAUGUUUCUACUUCUAGUACACUUCUUGGAUUUGAGUCAUUUACAGGGGCAUCUUUCAGUUCUUUACGUUGUUCAACCUCAGCAGCAGCAUUAGCAGAUUCCACGCCUGUUUUGAGUAAUUCUCAUCCCAAAGUUGCUUUUAAAGUUUCUUCAGUCAAUAAUAACUGUGAAGAGCAGGGAACCUCCAAGGACAACGUUCCACUUUUCAGCCAAAAACCAAAAUUUUCUUCUGGUUCAGGGCCUUCAGGCAGUGCAGGCACAUCCGAAUUAACUCCCUUUCAAGUUGGAAAGCAGCAGACUUUGGCCGAACCCCAAAAUUCAUAUCCAUAUAUUGCUGCUUCCAACAGCCUACAAGCUAAAUCUGGAGGCAGCUUCUCCUUGAAUGCUGGUGGCAGCGACAAGGCUAACCGGAGAUUUGUGAAGUUCAAACGAAGGAAAUAAUGAGAGCAACACCGGCAGAGUUGAUUUUGCAGCCACAGGUAUGUAAUUUUUGUUAUGCAGAGCCAUGCAUUGAAAACAGUAAAGAACUGGUACUAAACAUACAACAAAGUCAUCUAUCCUAUAUUUUUGUUAUUUCUUAUGUUUAAAUGAAGAAAUAAUCUCAUUUUAGACAAAGCUUCCUAUGAUUGAUUUUGUCCAAUCAGUUCAUUCAGGCUUGUGACGAUGUAUUUUCACUGUUAUGGGAUCCGCAAAGUUCACAAGACGGAGUUCAAGUAAGGACAAACAAACCUUCAUAAAUCCAACUCCUUUGUUUUUCUUACACA